AUGGUAAAAAAAAUUGAGGAUUCUUUUAAUCAUGCCUAAAAACUAUAUGAGUAUUAGGAGAAGAAAAUAAGGAGGGAUAAGCCAGCCUCUGAUACAUAAUUGAUGCAGAAAUUACUUCAUUCAGGAACCAUUGCAGAUAAAAUAUCGGCCUUGUCAAUAUCAAUCAAAGAAAACCCAGAUCAUGCAUUAGGCUCCUUAAAUAAGCUAUUAGAAAUUGUAUACCCGUUUAUAAUAUGUUUAGGCUGCAUUACCUUCAAGGGAGAAAAGCUUAAAAGCCUUAUUUUAACUAAAGGAUUUAUUUGUUCAUUUAAUUUUAAAGAGAGGUGUUCCAUGCAAUUUUGAAGAAUCCAACCUAACCGAUGAAUUAUAGAAAUAUUAUUGGCAUGGAAUUAACUAAGUGUUAAUAAAGACCUGUGAAGUUCUCAUCAAGGCUUCCGAAGAUGUUUUACCAUAUGUGCGAAGACAAAUUAUUUUAAUGAUGCUUGAAUUGCAUUGUGCUCAUCCAAUCUAUACAAAGGAAUUAGUCAAGGAACUUGUCAAUAAAUUCGGUGACAAAGAGAAAACUUUAGUCACUUUACUGACAAAGAAGCUUUCAGGAGAAUUAUCAGUAAUAUUUCUUAUUAAUAAUAGAAAAAACCUGCAUUAACUUAUCCAUUCUUAAAAGAGGCUUAUGGAUUCAUGUAUCGACCCAAUUUAUCUCAAGAAGCUUAAUACUAUUGCCUUAAUUUUAUUAACACCAUUAAUUUAUAAACUCAAGAAACCAGCACUGUAGCUUAUAUGCUUAAAAUUUUCUUCAUCUUUUUCAAAAAGAUCAUGAAGAUUCCUCAAGCUGAUUAAAAAUGCUCUAAAUUAUUUAGUCAGAUUUUAAAAGGAAUUAACAAGACUCUCCCAUAUGGACAAUCAUUCUUAGAUUAAUUAAAAGAAUUAUAUAAGGAAAAUGAAAAACUCAUAUAUAAACUAAUUGCAACAUCAGACAACUUUAAAAUAAAGAUCUAAACCCUCUAUUUUGUGUAUUAAAUAUCAGAUCUCAAUGCUCACUUUUAUAGAAGUCUUUAUGAGAUUGUAUAAUUAUUAUAAUACAUUUUUAGUUAUUAUCCUAGGAAAUUCAAAACACGAGCUUAGCCGAGUUAUUCUUUGAUUUGUUAUUUUUGUCUAUAAAACAAGAUAAUGAAAUUGUGAGAUAAAAAGCAAUCAUCAAGAGAUUACUAUAAGUAUCAAUGCAUUCUAAUCUAUCAUUUACAAUUACAGCAUUGAUUUGUGUUCAAAAGCUGUGCAUAGAAUUACCAUAAUUGUUGGAAGAGGCCAAUGAAGAAUUGGAGUAUUAAUAUUACAAAAGAGAUCCAUUAUUUUCUGGAGCCUCAUCUUUUUUGAAUGAAAUCCGAGCAUUUACUUCACAUUACCAUAAUAAAGCGCAAUAGAUUGCUAAAUAGAUUUUGGAUAAAGAUCAAAAUAUUUCAUAGAAGGUCAAUCCUCUUUUGGAAUAUUCAUAAAGUGCCUUUUUGGCUAAAUUUGUAGAAGCAAAAAAUAGAGUCACAAAUAGAAUAUCUAAUUUAUCAGGAUCUGUGAUUAAUGAAGAAUAAUUUAAAUUAAGAUAUGAAAAAUAAAGAUAAUAGGACAAUUAACUUAAAUAGCAAAGCAAACCUUAAAGAAAAAGUAGCAUAACAAGUGAAGAUGCAUUUGCAGAUGAAUUGUUUGAGAAAGAAUUACAAAAAGGAAACUUUUCAGAUGAGGAUGAAAUAGAUUUGAGUAUGGAUGAAGAUGAAGAUGAAUUAGAUUUAAAUGAAGAUGAAACCUAAAAUGAAAACUAACCAAAAUAAAUUCCAGUGAUUAUGAGAAAGAUUUAUAAAAGACAUAAAUUGUUAAAAAAAUGA